AAAGCCAACCACAGUCCACAGAUCACACCCAUUUUAAGACUGAAAGUAACUCUUACAGCGGGAAAGGCUACUUCACAGCACUUCUCUCAUGUCUUUCUUUUGUUGAUUUGGACAUUCAUUAAUUGUCUGUUAGGAGUGGAACUAACUGAGACUGGGAGAGGAACGCAAAUUCACAACGUGACGUUUGGACAAUAAAAAGGGAAACUGGCUAGACAUUUCCUGUAGUAAAUGGAUUACACCUGACAACACAUACCAGAGGAUAUUAUUUUUUCACGUUUUGAGGCUAUACCGUGUUUGUUUACAAUUACGAUGUUAACAAAUGUUGCCAUAAAGCAAGCUUAUAUUCUGGGUUCUGAUGGGGUACGACAGUUGAACUAAGCUCAUUAGGUAUUUUUCAAUUAUAUUCUUCUAGAAUCAAUGGCUUAGCAAGAACAUUACUGCUUUAUAAGUCCAAAAGUGGAUGUAGCCACUGCAGAUUGCGCCUUUGGAGUGAAAAUGGCCACAUCAAAAGAUCAAGAUGUCGAUAACUGUGAAACUAGCACUCCUGAACAGUCAAAUCCUCUGCUACCCCAGUUGUCACAACUUGAUGAGCUCUCAAACGUAAUUGAAAGGGCAGAACCUAGUGAACAGGAAUUGAAGACUUUAGUUUCACUUCUUCUGUCUCUUGGUGAUAAUAUCGAACGCGAUUUAAAACAACAGAACUUAAUGAUAGAUAGGCUUAAAGUCAUACAUACCAAAAUCAUGGACAAACUUAGUCCUGGUGAAAAGGAUGGUAGUAGUUUCAUCACUGGAACAAUAAGACAGUUCUACAACAAGGCACUGGAUUCAGUAGGAACAAUCAUCACUAAACUGGCCAAAGAGAUUGGAGUCAACUAUUCAGAGUCAAAUAUGUGUCUCCAAAAAGAGUUUGGCCUUAAAACCGAUUGUCCAAAGGAAUGUUUGAAUUGCAACCAUAUAAAGAGCUCAAUGUCCUGGAUUCAGGUUGAACCCUCCGUGUCUACAGAGGAUGAGACCACCGUCUACACACUUGACUCUUCUGCAGCAGGGCAUUACGAGUGCAUCUUAUCAGGGCUGCGGUGGGUAUGUGAGAGCAAAGUCAGUCUGCGAUACCAGUUCAGCUCCUGGGAGCCUCACAGGGCCACUCUGAACAGCAUGCGGUUUGAAGAAGGAGGUCCAUUACUGGACAUCACAAUGAUUUUUGGCAAACUAGAGGAAAUUAGUCUGCCACACUUUGUCUGUAUAGAUCCAGACUACCCACAAUCCUCCUUGAGAGAAGCCAUGAAGGUUCUACAUGUGAAAGACAACAGAGUGCUUGUGGAAGAAGUGGAUGAGGUGACGGGGUUCCACGCCAAACUGCUUCGUCCCUCCUUCUCUGGCAGGGGUUUGGUACUGAGACGUCGGUUGCAUUGGAGAGUGCACUGUGACCUUCUGAUCUUUAGGUCCACCAGAGCACUCCUCACCUUACACACAUAUCUGAUCCAAUGUGAUCCUUCUCUAGCACGGGAGGUGGAGGCACAGGAGAAGUCCUAUGGAUUCGUAAGACUUCCAAAGCCAAAGCCGGAGAAGUCCCAGCGGAAGGGGAGUCGCUUCACCCUCAAGACCUCGUGUCAAUCCUCGAUUACGCCAGAAAAGAUCAAGCUAAGAAGCACCAGGCCAAACUACUUUGAAGUGUACAUAAAGGACCCUGCGAUGGACUUUGAGAUGGAGUUGAUAAGUGAGAAGGGAGAAUCUGCAUGGAAAGCUGAAAUACGAACAGAGGAAUACAGAGAUGAUUCAUACACAAGAGACAUUGAGUUUGUUGAUGAAUUCAGACCACAGAUCAUUCAGAGAGUCAAUAAUGUGUUUGCCAUAGCAGAUAUUCUCUUCACAAAGGGCAUGAUCGGUGAAGAGAUCAAUGCAAAUAUCAGCGCUGCACCGACACGCCAGGCCAAGAUGAGAGUGAUAUACGAGGCACUGAAUUCAGGUGGACCACACGUCAAAGCUGCAUUCUUUACUGCACUCAAAGAAAAGGAACCCUUUCUAGUCAAAGACUUGGCUCAAUAAUACCUUAUCGCUCAAUCUCUAACACACCUCUACGAGACCAUUAUGCCUAGACACUUUAUUGAGCAUGUUCUCCUUCAGUCCAGCAGGACAGAGGCAAGAGGAGGAGUGAUGAGGAGAACUAUGAAAGAAGAGACUUUUCAGGUGUCAAGAAUAGCAAUCCAAGGACCAGUUCUCUGUGACAUUUUAGUGACAGAGGGCAUGGGUAGGAAGGCCCCACCAGCAUACACACACACAUACACACACACUCAUGAAGAGGUUUCACUUUCACUCACACAUGGAGCACAAAGAAGAAUGAAGGUUGAGAGAGAAUUGACAUUGAUUACAGAAAAGAAGACACAUUUGAAAUGAACUGGGACUGGAAUUCUUUAAAAUAAUAAUUAACGGGUAAAUAUGUUAAAAGGUUGAAAACAUUGGGAAAUAUACAGUGGAAGAUAUUAAAGGGUUGAAAACAUUGGGAAAUAUACAGUGGAAGAUAUUAAAAGGUUGAAAACAUUGGGAAAUAUACAGUGGAAGAUAUUAAAGGGUUGAAAACAUUGGGAAAUAUACAGUGGAAGAUAUUAAAAGGUUGAAAACAUUGGGAAAUAUACAGUGGAAGAUAUUAAAAGGGUGAAAACAUUGGGAAAUAUACAGUGGAAGAUAUUAAAAGGUUGAAAACAUUGGGAAAUAUACAGUGGAAGAUAUUAAAAGGUUGAAAACAUUGGGAAAUAUACAGUGGAAGAUAUUAAAAGGUUGAAAACAUUGGGAAAUAUACAGUGGAAAUAUACAGUGGAAGAUAUUAAAGGGUUGAAAACAUUGGGAAAUAUACAGUGGAAAUAUACAGUGGAAGAUAUUAAAAGGUUGAAAACAUUGGGAAAUAUACAGUGGAAGAUAUUAAAAGGUUGAAAACAUUGGGAAAUAUACAGUGGAAAUAUACAGUGGAAGAUAUUAAAAGGUUGAAAACAUUGGGAAAUAUACAGUGGAAGAUAUCAAAAGGUUGAAAACAUUGGGAAAUAUACAGUGGAAGAUAUCAAAAGGUUGAAAACAUUGGGACAUAUACAGUGGAAGAUAUUAAAAGGUUGAAAACAUUGGGAAAUAUACAGUGGAAGAUAUUAAAAGGUUGAAAACAUUGGGAAAUAUACAGUGGAAGAUAUUAAAAGGUUGAAAACAUUGGGAAAUAUACAGUGGAAGAUAUUAAAGGGUUGAAAACAUUGGGAAAUAUACAGUGGAAGAUAUUAAAAGGUUGAAAACAUUGGGAAAUAUACAGUGGAAGAUAUUAAAAGGUUGAAAACAUUGGGAAAUAUACAGUGGAAGAUAUUAAAAGGUUGAAAACAUUGGGAAAUAUACAGUGGAAAUAUACAGUGGAAAUAUACAGUGGAAGAUAUUAAAAGGUUGAAAACAUUGGGAAAUAUACAGUGGAAGAUAUUAAAAGGUG